AUGAAGAUAGUCGGCGUCGCAUCCGAGCCCGCGUCUGGUUCGACAUGGUACGACCCGACCGACGUGCAAAUCCGGAAGUUCAUGAUGGUGCGCUUGCAGAGUCACCCGGCAUUGGCGCAGCACCACCCGAUCUUGCAAACGAGUAGAGCGUCCACGGGCACGAGUCUCUCGCUCUUGCAGCGUCUCGAGUGGAUGCUCUACUACUGUGCCGGGUCCUUGAGCGAGUAUCUGCAUCAGCCGUCACUCGAGCGACGCGUACAAAGUCUCGUGACGCACUACAAGCGGAAACGGCCCGACACAGAGUCGAGGGACGGCGUCGUCGAGUCUAUCCGCGCGUCUGCUGCCAAGCGACAACGACCUGAAUUGACAAUGACUGAAGAUACGCGUGACCGCGGCACUUCAGGCGCCAGUGAGUGCGUGCUCACCAGUAACUUGGACCUCUUGCGCCACGUGUGCAGUUUUUUAGACGGAAGGGACGUGCUACGAUGCAGAUUCGUCAGCAAGUUUUUGUACCUCCAGACACCGCCUUUUGUGCAGACACUGCACAUUGACGCAGCCUCUGUCGCAAUUGCACACACGCGGGUUCGAGACAAUGGAGCUGCGUACGGACUGAGCACUUUGUUGCAUCAAUGCAAUAAUCUCACGAGCCUUACGAUAUCGAACCAGGUGAACCAGACACAUGUUAGGGCCAAUGUUGUGUUCCCCAGAGCCCUCACGAGGUCGAUGCACGCGUCGAAGGGCUACCAAUUGGUUUGUGAAGUCGCUGAGGCGUUUAGUAGAGGCGCGUGUCCUUUGCUGCAGGAGCUGAAGCUUGUUGCUCCAUUCGAUUUUGCCACGGAGAGCGACGCCGUGUUGGUGGUGCUGCGAGCGCUGACGGAUGCCACAUUGGAGGAGGAACCGGCUCGAGCUCGUUUGAAGCACCUGGUACUGGAUGCGACGUUUCUAGGAGAUAGGGGUGUCCAGCAGCUCGCUGAUCUGUUUGAGACUCAAGGCACGUUCUUUAAACAGCUCGAAACAUUGACUGCACGCAACAACUUCAUCGGCGAGACCGGUUGUCGCGACCUGCUGGAGGCCAUCGAGCUAUUCAGCAAUCUCCAUACGCUAGACCUCAGCCGCAACAUUUUGACCGACACGGAUGCACUCACACUCGCAGAUUCACUUGACAAUCUAGUGGUAGACUUGAGCUGUUAUGAUUGCAUGGAGGGCAAUCACAAGAUGAUCUCGGAAGACGAGUGUGAUCGCGGGCGGCUAUGCGUACUGGGACUUGCCGGUCUACGUACUCUCAUACUACAAGACAACUUUAUCACAGGCGAAGGCGUUCGCGCUAUCACGAUUGCACUAAGUUCUCGAGAGAGCUUUGUGGUCUCGACGAUUGAUAGCACUGAUGAUUAUGGUGACGCAGACUGCGGGGACGAAGCUGAAGAAGGGUACGUAGGCCUCUAG